UCUACAGAGCAAGAUCCAGGGCAGGCACCAAAACUACACAGUAAAACCCUGUCUCGAAAAAAAAUUUUUUUUCAACCGCAAAAUGAGCUCUGAUGUUCCAAACUCCACCCAUUUUGGCUGCAUCAGGACGUGCACCUUUUUGUGAUGAGCCACCGUAGUACAGGCCCUGGCAUCAUUCAGCUGCUGAGAUGAGUAACGAAGGAAUCACCUAUGCAGAACUGAAUGUGGUGAAGAACUCAAGGAACCAGAAAAGGAAACCGAGGGGCACUCGCAGCCCCAUUUCAGUAACUGAGCAGGAAAUCACCUAUGCGGAAUUCAGCUUUCAAAAUGCUCCUCAAGAGCGUUCCCCAACCUGCAGGGCCUGCUGCUGCAAAGGUUUUCCAUCUCCCCCAGAAAAACUCGUCACUGGGAUCCUGGGCAUCAUCGGCUUUGCCUUAAUGGUCGCUGUGGUUAUAAUUACUACAGUUACCACACCAUAUUCUGAAGCAAAGACCCAUAUCAGCUCCUCCCUGACUAGAAACCAGAAAGAUAAUAAUCUUUCUUCAUCACACCCUUGUGGUUAUUGUCCAAAGGAGUGGCUAUCCUAUUCUCACAAGUGCUAUUACAUUGGUAAAGAGAAAAAAACUUGGAAUGACAGUUCAGUGUCCUGUACUUCUAGAAACUCUACUCUGCUUUACAUAGAUAGUGAAGAGGAGCAGGACUUUCUGCAAUUGCUCUCACUGGUCUCAUGGACUGGAGACUUUAGGAAGAGCAGAAAUCAACUAGGGGUUGGGAAUAAAGACCCAACUUUGAAAUCAAAGAAAACAGAGUUUUCCCGUGUUGAACAUAACUGUGUCAUGCUGUCAGCUUCUGGCCCCAUAACAGAUGACUGUACAGCUUUACAUUCAUAUCUUUGUGAGCGUAAUUUCAACAACUAUUUUUUAUCACCUCCAGAGAAGCUCAUCUCUGGGAUCCUGGGCAUCAUCUGGUUUGGCUUACUGGUCGCCUUGGUGAUAACAACCAGAGUUGUCUCUCCAUUCAUGAGUCAUUUGCUCAGAACUGAAAAUGCCUCAGGAUCCAGGGAAGCAGCAAGGGAAACCCAAGGCCACUCACAGCUCCAUUUCAGUAACCCAUCAGGAAAUCAGCUGAUGGAGUUCAGCCUUCAAAAUGCUUCCCAGAAGCAUGUCGAGAUCAGCAGGCACUGCCACUGCAAAAAUUUUUUAUCACCUCCAGAGAAGCUCAUCUCUGGGAUCCUGGGCAUCAUCUGGUUUGCCUUAUUAGUCGCCUUGGUGAUAACAACCAGAGUUGUCUUUCCAUAUCCUGAAGCAAAGGACCAGAUCAACUCCUCCCUGACUAGAAACCAGAAAGUACACUCUUGUGGUCAUUGUUCAAAGGAGUGGAUAUCAUAUUCCCACAACUGCUAUUACAUUGGUAUGGAGAAAAAAACUUGGAAUGACAGUUUAGUGUCCUGCACUUCUAAAAACUCUACUCUGCUUUACAUAGAUAGUGAAGAGGAGCAGGUUUUUCUGCAGUUUCUCUCACUGGUCUCAUGGACUGGAGUCUUUAGGAAGAGCAGAGAUCAACUCUGGGUUUGGAAAAAAGACUCAACUUUCAAACCAGAGAUAAUAGAGCAUAUUGAACAUAAUAACUGUGUCAUGCUGUCAGCUUUUGGCCUUACAACAGAUGAUUGCACAGCUUUACAUACAUAUCUUUGUGAGAGCAAUUUCAACAACUAAAACACCCGCACAUGGAGUCUGCCAGUUUGUUUAUAUGGUGGAUUGACAGAUUUUUGGUGUGUUGAACAUUCCUUCAUCUCUUGGAAGAAGCCUACUUGGUCCUGGUGGAUGAUCUUUUUAUGUGUUCUUGGAUUCAGUUUGCAAGUAUUUUAUUGAAUACGUUAUUGCUUCCAUGUACAUGAGGGAAAUUGGUUUGUAAUUCUCUUUCUUUCUUGAGUCUUUAGUGCUUUGGGUAGCAGGGUGACUGUUGUCGCACGAAAUGAAUUUGGUAAUGUUCCUGAAAUGAUUUCUUAAUAUAAUUUCAAUAUCUUAGGUCUGUAAAACAUAUAAUGAAAAAAAUUUAAAUACAGACAUAAAAUAUUUACACUUUCUUAAUACUUUUUCAGGGGACUUUAAUCAGUUUCAUGUGUCUUUUGUUUCUUCCUUUUGUUUUUAAAUUCUCUUCCACAUUUAUUUAUGUUGUAUGUGUGUGUAUGCCUGUGUAAGUGUGCACACACACAUGUUCACACACAUGCCCAUGCCAUUGCACAUGUACGGAAGUCAGCGGACGGAGAGUGUAGAGGAGUUGGUUCUCUCGCUGCCAUGUAGGAGUCAGGGUUCAAACUCAGGUCAAAAUAUUUGGUGGCAAACACGUUUAACUGCUGAACCAUCUCACAACCCUUUGUUUUGUUUUGGACACAGUGUCUCCCUGUGUAGCACAGACUUACAUCAAACUGUCACCAAUCAUUCUGUCUCUUGAGAGCAGAUCUUACAGGUGUGUGUCACCAAGCUUGGCCUUCUGUCUCUUCAAUGAAAAUAAGUUUGGUCCUUAUUGGCAGUUUUUGUUGCAAUUUUAUUCUUGGUCAUGAUUUUAUACUGUUUAUUGUUGUCUACUUUCUGUUUCAUUUGCUAAGAAUUUCAUCUUGUUUUGCUUUUCUGAUUGUGAUUUUUUUAUGGAUUCAUGUUCAUAUUAAAAUCUCUCUUUUGUAAUAUUGCCUUUGAAUAAAUCAGUUUUUUGUAAGAGAAAUUUUGCUAUAUUUUUUAUAAUUUAUAAUUGUGAAAAUCCAAUAUUAACCUAUUUGUCCCAUCAUUAUUUAGAACUAUCCUUCAGAUGUAGAAACUACCUACUUCAAAAUUUUGAUCAUUUACUGAUUUUUUUCAAUAAAAUGAAAGGAAUUUUCAAUGAUGUUGUCACAUGACAGUGAAUACGACUAGUAUGACUGAAGAACUUACUUUAUGUUAUAUUUAUUUUUAAAUUAAUUUUAACUGAAAUAGCUUCAGUUUGAAUGUCUUAUUCAAGCAUGGGUGGUGCCUACAAUGGCUACUGUGUAGAGAGCUCAGCUGUAAAUACUUUCUAAUUAUACACUUGGAAAUAUUAGUAUAGAUCUGAGGAAAUUUUCCACAUGGAUCUAAGAACCUAAACCAUCUAGGUUCACAAGGUGAAUAUGUAAAUAAAUUCCUGGGUUUACUAUCCAGAUUAAGUAUUUCCAUAAUCUCACAGAUUAAUAUGGUUGCUGAGGUAUGGUGCAGAAGGAUCUAGGUCCUAUUCUAUUCUGUAUUAAACUUCUGUCUUCCGGGUCUAUGUUUUAUUAUUUAUUCACUUAUUUUUAUUUGCACAAUAUCUGAUGAAAUAUUAUUAAUGGCUGGCAUGGCAAUUUUGUCAUUAUAAAAUACUCUUCUUCAUCUCCAAUAAUGGUUAUUGUCAUCUUAUGAUAGUACACUAUUGGUUCAUUUUUCA